GGGGCGGGGUCCGGAGAGACUUCCGGGACGCCGCCGGCUGCGUCUGUCGCCGCCCCCCGACCCCCGACCCCCGGAGCAGCCGUCUGGAUCCGGGACUCGCGGCGAAAGGGUGACGAUGUCCGGCCAGCCCCUGAGCAAAGACGCCAGGGCCAUGGAGGGGGACGGGGACGGGGACUCUGCCCCGGAGAUGAACGGGCUGGAGGAGGAGGGCAGCGAGGACGAGCAGAGCGCCAGCCAGACCGAGUCCGACGGGGAGAGCUCCGACAUGGACGACGAGGACUGUGAGCGGCGCCGGGUCGAGUGCCUGGACGAGAUGUCGGACCUGGAGAAGCAGUUCUCCGAGCUGAAGGAGAAGCUGUUCAAGGAGCGGCUGAGCCAGGUGUGCUUCCGGCUUGAGGAGGUGGGGGCCGAGCGUGCCCCCGAGUACACGGAGCCGCUGGGGGGGCUGCAGCGGAGCCUCAAGGUUCGGAUUCAGGUGGCAGGCAUCUACAAGGGCUUCUGUCUGGACGUGAUCAGGAACAAGUACGAGUGCGAGCUGCAGGGAGCCCGGCAGCACCUGGAGAGCGAGCGGCUGCUGCUGUACGACGCCCUCCAGGGGGAGCUCCAGGAGCGGAUUCAGCGGCUGGAGGAGGACCGGCGGAGCAUCGACAUCAACUCUGAAUGGUGGGACGACAAGCUGCACCCACGAGGGAGCUCAAGGUCCUGGGAGUCCCUGCAGUCCGGCAAGAGGAAGAAGGCGCCCCUGGUCUCUGGACCUUAUAUUGUGUACAUGCUGGAGGACAUGGAUAUUCUGGAGGACUGGACGGCCAUUAAGAAGGCCAAGGUGGCGGUGUCCCCACAGAAGAGGAAACCUGAGGGUGAGAGCAGAAGUGGCUCUGGGCAGGGCUGCCCAUCCCACUGAGAGAAGGCCCACGGGGGCGGGUGCAGUGUUGGCAAGGAGGGGCGCAGUGUGGGGGCCUCUAGUGGAGGCCGCCGGCCCUCCUGCCGGUCACCUUGGUCCGGCCUAGACACGCCUGGUGGACCUGCCUCCCUCUCCUGCCCAAGGCCCACCUGGCAGGGCGCCCGGCCCGAGCCGAUCUCAUGUCUUCUAGCCCCCGACGGGCAUCCCGGCCGUGGCCAAGCCCCGACUGGACCCCUGGGGCUCCUGGGCCCUCCAGCCACCAGUUGACCCUGUGGGCCGCCCCUUCCUCCACCAUCCAGCCUCCAGAGGCGAGGUGGACACCCCCGGACGUGGGGGACUGUGGCGGUCCGGUCGCUUUGACCCAGAGCCAGACUCUCAGAUUGGCCCAGCGCCAGCCAGCUUUUGUCCCCGGCCCCAGGGCCGCCCAGGCUGCCUGGCCAGGGGCUCGGGGCCAGUUCCUUGCAGUGACGUGUUUUGGGGUUGAGAACGAAGGAACCCAAGUUUUUCCCAGGGUCCCGAGGUUUAGAAUCAUGGUGACAAUUAAAGUUUAAUAAUUAAAACAACUGCCCUGACUCG